AGUGGUUGAAAGGUGAAUCCGCCUCCAUUUCCGCCUGGCGACGGAGCCCUGCCCACCGCAGGGAGCAGAGGGAACCGGCGCAUCGCCACUCCGGGCGCAGCAGGGCUGGGGGACGCCUGCAAAAUGGUCAGCUCCGCCGGGGAGAUUGCAGUGGUCGCGCUGGGUAUCUUACUAGCUGUGUGCCAUGCCUUGGAGAAUACAACAUCUGCCUUGAGUGGUCCCCCAGUGGCUGCUGCAGUCCGAUCCCACUUUAACGACUGUCCUGACUCCCACAGUCAGUUCUGCUUCCACGGGACCUGCAGGUUUCUGGUGCAAGAGGAGAAGCCAGCAUGUGUCUGCCAUUCUGGGUUCGUCGGGACGCGAUGCGAACACGCAGACCUGCUUGCAGUGGUAGCUGCCAGUCAGAAGAAACAAACCAUCACUGCCUUGGUGGUGGUUUCAGUGGUAGCGUCUGUCGUCCUUAUCGUGGCUUGUGUACUGAUACACUGCUGUCAGAUAAGAAAACAUUGUGAAAGGUGCCGAGCCUUCAUCUGUAGACACGAGAAGCCCAGCGGGCUCCUGAAGGGGGGAACUUCCUGUUGCCAUUCAGAGACAGUGGUCUGAAGGAGAAUUGGAUCUGACCAAUAUAUUAAUUGCCAUGGCCAGAUGGGGACUACUGCAGUAUAAUAAAGGAGGCCUACCCCAUUCCAGAGAAGAACAUUUUUCCACAGAAGAAAAUGCUCUGGAGGGGACUAAUAUCAAGCAUACGCUUCAUUACCUUGACUCUUCAUAUGCAUCCUGUAUUAUAUGCUGAGCUUUCAGAACCUUGCCAAAUCGAGGGCACCAUCUCCACAGGGCUAUCCAAUGUGAAGCCAUGAACUAAUGAGUAGACCACAUCUCCACAAGCAUGGAAUCUUAAAGACUGUUUUACGGGACUUCAGACUCGGACACAAGAGAACUGCAUGUGGGUCAGCUUCAUGUUUAUGUAGAUGUGACCAUUUGUGUGUUUGGGGAGUAGGUUUGACACCAGUGAUUGGAAAAAAAGUGUGUACCGUUCAGGUUGGAGAUAGCUUAUGAGAACACUCGGUCAGUAUCUGUCCUGCUUUGAGACUUUACGGAACGUACUUGAAGGCUGAGUCUUUGGUUCAUGCAUUUGUUACAUAUUUGACUCGUUGGGAGGAGCGGUUGCAGGUCUGUUUUCAGAAGAGAACCCAGUCCUUUAGAAGGAACAUCCUAUCUGCCUGUGCUGCUGCUGCCAUUGGGACAUUCACCCUGCCAGAUGAAAUCUAGGGGGGAAUACAGAACGAGGUGGACUGGCCAGGAUUAUCCUGUCCCUUUCUGAUGAUGAUCAAUUUCUCUUCAUCAGGAGACAAGUUGCAAGAGAAAUAGCAACGCUCGAGUCAGUGUGUGUGGGGAUGUGUUCAAGCCCCGCAAUCCUUCGCAUUUUAAGCGUGAUGGCAGAAAAUAUUCCAAGUUAUUGAGGCAGAAAAAUGUGUUUGGGGGUUAAAUGUCUUUGGUGUUCUUGGAAAGCUGAAAAAAUGGGACAUGGAGAUAACUAUAACAAAAUGGCAGCCAUUGGGGUGGUGGAAAUCUAGGCAUUUAGAGCCUGAUCCAAAGCUUAUUAAAGUUUUUCCAAUGUCUGUAAUGGGUUUGGAUGAGGCCCUUAGCCAUGUGGCUUUUUUGCAUUUCUUUAUGCUAACUAGGAACUGUUCAGAAAACUUUAGGAGUUGCUAUGUUAUGACAGAAGGAAACCUAGGGCCUAAUCCUGCAAACCCUUCCUCAUGGGAAUAGAUGUAAGUGAAUAAGAUAAUGAGGUCUGAUUUUGAUCUUGCUUACACUGAUGUAACUCCAUUGGUUACUCCUAGUUUACUCUACAGUGAGAUCAGAAUCAGGCCCUCUUAAGUAAAUGGGACUAUUCCCUGGAGUAGGGAUUAUAACUUGUAGGUAAAUGUUUACACACCCCUAGACUGUCUUUGAGUCUGAGAAGAUAAACACACACUGUACAUGAUGCAAUUGGAUAACAAACUUGACAGUCCUACCUGUGAAAUAUUCUUCUGAAUGUUGAUCUGAAGUUUUCUUCCAGAUCUGCCUGGCAAAAUACAGUCCUAGAACCAAAUUAACUUCUAUGGACAUAAAUGAGACCUAUCCCUCCACUGAUGUCAGUGAAAUUUGCCAACAGGUGUAAGCAGGAGAAUUUGGCCCUAGGUUUGUCCUGAUGAUUGAAGAGCAUAAUUUCACCCUUUUGUUUAGAAGCAAAAUGUUACGGGAGGAAUGCUUGCAACUUUAACCCAGAUCCAUAGAAGGAACAACAUUCUGUUUCUCUAUAGAAGAUAAAUGGGAAACAACUGCCUUACUUAUUCAUUUUCAAACUCUUACCUAAAAGAUGACAAUCUUAUGAACUUCUGGUUUCCUAUAAUAUAGCAACCUAAUGACUGGCACCAGAGGAAAUUUCAAAAUAGAUACAUGAGUGAUGGUUUGUUCCAUAAUCUUAACAGAGAGAGAUCAGCAUAUUUAAAUCCUUUGCCGGACCUUGCACCUUGCCUCGGAGUCUGACGCAGUCUUAUAAUGAACCUGAUUCUAUACCUGUUGAGUCCACUCCCCUUGAUUUCCUAUGGAGGUAGAUUGACACCCCCCCGCCCCCCAACCAAGAUGUCUUUCAUCAAUCUCCGCCCAGGAUUUUUUUCCCCUCACUCAGUUUAAUUCUUUGAUUUAUUUUUAAAGCCGAUUUGAAAAAUUUAAUUUUUUUAGAACAGCAGCAUCUAUGUCUGAGACGUGGAUAUGGAUUAUUCCCUUUGACAGUGAAGCUGCAGGCACUGCAUCUUGAGGGUGUGGCAGCGUGGGGUGUAAUCUGGUCAAUUUCUGAGCUGUACAUGUGACUCAAUCAGUGAUUCUAGGAGUCUGUCAAAGACGGAAAAACCAACGCAUCUAAUGUCCUGAUUCUGUAAAGCAGCCUGAUCAGCAAAGCACUUAAGCAUCUGCUUAAACUUUUUAAGCAGGUGCUUAAGCGCUUUCCUGAAUCAGGGAGUAAUUUCCGAAUUACCCCCAGUUCCCUAAUCUUCUAAAACAUUAAAGCACCCUCUCUUCUGUUGGCUCAAAACGACCAGAGAAGAAAUAUCUGAACUGAAGUCCAAUGCAACUGUCCUGCAGCAGCUCCAUCUGAGAUCCCUUAAAUCUCUUUUGUAGGGAGGGCCCCUAUUGAUCUGUUCUUGGUUUCUGAGCACUUGAGGAAACUUGGAGCCAAAUUUCCUGCUGGCAUAAGUGGCCAUAAAUUCUUCUGAUAUCAGUGGCACACUGACUAUUUCUGUUUGGUGGCAAAUUCAGCCCUUAAUAUUGAAGCGUUGUUGCCGAUGGCUAUAAUUACAAAGGUUAUAUAAAUAGUUUAGCCCUGCCUCUUAGAACACAGGCUUUAAUGUCUAACAUAGGGUGCCCAAGAAAAGUUCAACCUCAUUUUUAGUGUCCCUUUUCACCUUUAAAACAUGCAGAAUGCUCCAGCCAUGAGGAGCGGGGAUGGGGUUUUUAGCGCAUUGAUGCUUUUUUAAAAAAAAUGCAUUAAAAUGUCUUUAUGAAAGCUGUGCAUUUAGGGCCCAAUUCCACAAGGGGCCAAGUCCCUUACAUUGCCUCUGGCCAGCCCUCAGCACCCUGCAGGAUAGUGCUCUUUCUCUGUUUUGCUUUUUAUAUGGGGAAUAAGACUAAAGAAUUGAUUUCUUGUAGCCUAAAUUAUUUAGGCUUCUCUUCACGCCUUGAUGCAGGUGCCCAUUGGGGCUGCUAUGCUUUAUUUCACAAGCCUUGUUCCUUUCAUAGGACCUGACCCUGCAACCAGUACCAACAUAUAUGAGCAGAGAGAUGGUUCUUCUGACUAACGGUUGGACUUAUAACUCUCUGACCACCCCACCUUGUCCUCAUCCCUUCCAGGGACGUUCCUUCUCAGGAAGAUGUAUUGCCGUUAGCAUUGGGUGCACCCCAAGAAGUUCAUAGGAAUUCAUUCAAAAGCCUGGGUCAGAUUUGCCUUAUGGAUGACAUUCUGAUGCUUUUCACCCAUCCCUAAUGGCGGUAUGGUUUUAAGCCUGACUGCUGCUUUAACAUCCCAACUCAGAUGUUUCGCAUACUAAGAUGGUACUAACACACAGGUAUCUGAUACUCCACUAAGCAUGUCUCUGCUACAGGCAGCUUUAUCCCUCCAUAUUAGCUAGAAAUGUAUUGAUGGGCAAGAAGCUCACACAUGCCUCCUGAGUUGACCCACUAGUGGGAAUGUUCAUGCAUCCACUAAUUUGACCUUUUAAAAACCACGGGGAAAGAUCCUCAGCUGCUGUGAAUUAACAUUUCUAUUCACUUAAAUGGACCAAUGUCAGCUAAGGAUCUAAUCUAGGUUUUCAGACACUUUCCAGCACUGAAUCCUUGCCCUCCUUCCCAAUCCCUGCCCCCCCCAUUACACCCCACUAAAGAGCAAUUAGAAAGAAUAUGCACAUGGCUCUGUCUCAUAAGCCAUUCCAUAUCUGCUCCUUGCAAUUAUCUGACCUUCCAGGAUCUGAUUUUUAAAAUGGUGAUCCUUUUAAGAAAACUAGAUAUUUGACUCAAAAAGUGGGAUCAUAUGUCAUUAAUAUGGAAUGUACUUUUUAAAAAAAAUCAUUGCCUAGUUGAAGAGGGAUUGGGAAGGACGGGGGAGAAACAAAGGUUCAUGUGACCAUGGAUAUUAGGUUCACAAUUUAAAAUGAAGAUCUGAAUUCCUCUUUUCUUUCCCCACAAUGGCUUUUCCAUACACACAAAUAUAGACAGUCUGUCCUGUGCCAUGUUGCAAGCUUUAAAUUAACUGAAACUGUUCCAGGAUAAGAGAUUUAAAAUUAUGCUUGUUCCUCGACUUUUUCUUUACUGGUAAAGUUGCAAUGCAAGGAGAGGGAGAGCGAGGAGAUCAAAUAAAUUGUGGGUUUUUGACAGUAGGAAAACAAAAAGCUACAGGCUGAAUCUCUGCUGUCACUGAAAUCUAGGGAAGUUUUGCAGUUGACUUCAUUGGCACAGGGGUUCAGCUCUGUGGUUCUACGGCAAUCUGGAAUUGUCACAAAAGGGUCUUGUUGAAUGUAACAUUGGAAAGAUGAGAACUUCUGGUGACUCAGCACAUGAAAUCCUGGCCCCAUUGUUUUGCCCUUGACCUCCGUGUAGCCAAGAUUUCAGCCUGAGUGUUUAAGUACAAAAAAAAGACAGCAUGGCCUAGAUUGCGCUCUGUAAGACUGCUGUGAAUUCAGAGCAAUUCUGUUCAUGGGGGAGACAUUUUAAAAUCAGUGGGGUUAAUCCAGAUUUAACAGCAAAAUUAGGGUCUAUAUAAUUUAACUACAGCAAAAAAAAAAAUCUCAUUGGAGCUAGCAUUUCAAGAUCAAUAAAUGUGAUUCAGUGGGGGAGAUAAAGGGCAUUUUUAAAGUCACAAAGGAUGGAUAGGUGCCCAGCUUCCAUAGAAGGUCGGUGAGAAUUAGUUGGGCACCGAACUUCCACACGUGCCUUUUGAAAAUCACCCCACUUUUUGGAACAUUUUUGCACCUAUAAUGUGUGCUGUUUACCCAGUGUCCCUGAUGUUCUGACAAAUUGCCUAAAAUGUGUAACUUGCAUAUUUCCCCCCAAUUUUGGAUAUUUUUACCAAAAAACCUACUGUGAGAGUGCUAUUCAUUUUUUUAAAUAUCACAUUUAUUUAGUCUUGAAAUUUUAUGGCACUAGGACAGAAAUACCACCUCAUUGCAGGGACUAUGCUCAUCUGAGACAGAUAUUAUCUUUAUUAAUAAAAUCAGCUUUAAUUCUAGGAAACUUCCUCCAACUGGUACUCUAACCUCCAGCUGAAUUGUUAACCGUUUUAGUCUCUACGUUUAUUAUAAAUAACCAACCUGAAGCUUUUUUUAGUCAUGGUUACUCUGUCAUCUGUAUAUGUUGCACUGGAAAAGUUAAUAUUUAAUGUUUUAAUUUAUUUUGUGUGGUUAAAUUAAUUUUGAUUUCUGUACUGUGUUGUGAUUGGCUGUUUUCUCUUUAAUACCUGAAUUCUAGUUACUUAG